AUGGUGGCAUCAGCUAUUUUCUUUCUGGAUAGCAAGGGUCAACCUCUGUUAUGGAGAAACUAUCGUGGAGAUAUUCCCAUGUCAACUGUAGACAACUUUCCUGGUCUACUGAUCCAGGCAGAGGAUCCAGCAUAUUGGGGUAAUGGCCAAUCUUCCUCGCUCAUGUCGGGUGGUCUUGCCGGGGGUGCCAGUUCAUCAUUAUCCGGUGCUAAUACCGGUUUGGGUGGUAGUGCAGGACCUAGCUCGUCACUACGAAUCCAAGGUCCUUGUAUCACUUACGAAGGUAUCAAUUAUAUGUAUAUUUCGGUCAAUAAUAUCUACUUGUUGGCUCUGAGCAAGAAAAACUCCGAUGCCGGUGUGAUCUUGUUGUUUUUGCAUAAUAUUGUAUCAGUUCUUAAAGAGUAUUUCAAGGAAGUCGAGGAAGAGUCUAUUAGAGACAAUUUUGUCAUUAUCUACGAACUACUGGAUGAAAUGAUGGACUUUGGCCAUCCUCAGCUGACAGAUGCUAAAAUCCUGCAGGAGUAUAUUACUCAGGAAAGUCAUGAAUUACAGAACCCCAGUGCUCCAGAUAUCGUUACCAAUGCAGUUUCCUGGCGUCCUGAAAAUAUUUAUUAUAAAAAGAACGAACUAUUUCUCGAUGUUAAUGAGUCAUUGAAUGUUCUGCUCAACUCCGAUGGAAGCAUUAUCAGAAGUGAGAUUGUCGGCAAGAUCAAUGUUAAUGCUUAUUUAUCAGGCAUGCCUAUAUUGAAACUCGGUUUGAACGAUGCCGUGAGAAAAGAUUCUCAGGCUCGUCGAGAUAGCAUUGCGGCAAGUGCCGAUUUGGGUGCCGAGGCUAGUUCUGGUACUGUAGCUCCUAAUUUAGCAGCCAGUAAAAGAGCCCGUGGUAAAUACGUGAGCAUGGAAGACGUUCAGUUCCAUCAAUGUGUUGAGUUAGAACAGUUUGAGAAAGACAGAACUAUUUCGUUUGUUCCACCCGACGGUAAAUUUGAGCUCAUGAGCUAUAGAGUCAAGGAGUUUAAAGCGAAGCCUUUAUUUUUGGCCGAAACCAAGAUCGAUAUUAGAUCGCGAAGUAGAGUCCUAGUAUCUGUGAAGCUCAAAUCACAGUACCGUAAACGGUCAGCGGCAGAAAACGUCGAAGUUAUUAUCCCGGUACCUCCUGAUGCCGACUCGCCUCGAUUCAAAACUAGCUUUGGCACUGUCGUUUAUGCCCCCGAGCUCAACGGAAUUGUAUGGAAACUAAAAAACUUUGCGGGUGGUCGUGAGGUCAGUAUGAAUGCCGAAUUACAGCUGUCGUCUGUACUGGAUAGCGAAGCGACUGGUACAUCUGGCGGUGUAACAAGUUUUAAGACAAACCAGCCUGUACAAAUCAAGUUUGACAUUCCAUACCUGGCUGUUUCGGGUCUUCAAGUGCGCUACCUAAAAGUCACCGAACCCAACCUCAAGUAUCCUAGUUUACCAUGGGUCCGUUAUCUCACCCAGAGCGGUGACGAGUACUCCAUCCGUUUGCCCUCGAGAAAAUAA